AUGGCGGACGGCGUGGACCACAUAGACAUCUACGCCGAUGUGGGCGAGGAGUUCAACCAGGAAGCUGAAUAUGGUGGACAUGAUCAGAUAGAUUUGUAUGAUGAUGUCAUCUCUCCAUCUGCAAAUAAUGGCGAUGCCCCAGAGGACCGUGAUUAUAUGGACUCUCUCCCACCAUCAGUUGGAGAUGACGUAGGUAAAGGAGCAGCACCAAAUGUUGUCUAUACAUAUACUGGAAAGAGAAUUGCAUUGUACAUUGGAAAUCUUACUUGGUGGACAACAGAUGAAGACUUAACUGAAGCAGUGCAUUCACUGGGAGUAAAUGAUAUUUUGGAGAUAAAAUUUUUUGAAAACCGUGCUAAUGGCCAGUCAAAGGGGUUUGCCCUUGUAGGUGUGGGAUCUGAAGCAUCCUCCAAAAAGUUGAUGGAUCUCUUGCCUAAAAGAGAAUUGCAUGGGCAAAAUCCUGUUGUAACUCCAUGCAAUAAGCAGUUCCUGAGUCAGUUUGAAAUGCAGUCAAGGAAAACUACACAAUCAGGCCAGAUGUCUGGAGAAGGUAAAGCUGGUCCUCCAGGAGGUGGCUCACGUGCAGCGUUUCCACCAAAUAACAGAGGACGAGGCCGUUUUCCAGGUGGCAUUCCAGGUGGGGACAGAUUCCCUGGACCUGCAGGACCAGGUGGACCACCACCUCCUUUCCCAGCUGGACAAACUCCACCACGUCCACCUCUAGGUCCUCCUGGUCCCCCAGGCCCACCAGGUCCUCCACCUCCUGGUCAAGUUCUUCCACCUCCAUUAGCUGGGCCUCCUAAUCGUGGUGACCGUCCACCACCACCAGUUCUGUUUCCUGGACAACCCUUUGGUCAGCCUCCGCUGGGUCCACUUCCUCCUGGUCCUCCACCUCCAGUUCCAGGCUAUGGCCCCCCUCCAGGUCCACCACCACCACAGCAAGGUCCACCUCCGCCUCCCGGCCCUUUUCCCCCUCGUCCGCCUGGUCCACUUGGGCCUCCCCUGACACUUGCUCCUCCUCCACAUCUUCCCGGGCCACCUCCAGGUGCUCCCCCACCUGCUCCACACGUGAAUCCAGCUUUCUUCCCCCCACCAGCCAAUAGUGGCAUACCUACUUCAGACAGUCGUGGUCCACCACCAACAGAUCCAUAUGGCCGACCUCCACCUUAUGACAGGGGUGACUAUGGUCCACCUGGCAGGCGUUUCACUGGAAAUAACAUGUCCAUAAGAGAACAAUUACAUAUUCCAUUGUAUUGGAGGCAUACGAAAAAUAAUACUCAAAACUCAGGGAGAGAAAUGGAUGCGGCAAGAACACCUUUAAGUGAAGCAGAGUUUGAAGAAAUCAUGAAUAGAAAUAGGGCCAUCUCAAGCAGUGCCAUUUCAAGAGCUGUGUCAGAUGCCAGUGCUGGGGACUAUGGAAGUGCUAUAGAGACCUUAGUAACUGCUAUUUCCUUAAUUAAACAAUCCAAAGUAUCUGCUGAUGAUCGUUGUAAAGUACUUAUUAGCUCUCUGCAGGAUUGCCUUCAUGGAAUUGAGUCUAAGUCUUACGGUUCUGGAUCAAGAAGACGUGAACGGUCAAGAGAGAGGGACCACAGCAGGUCAAGAGAAAAAAGCAGGCGUCACAAGUCCCGUAGCAGAGAUCGCCAUGAUGACUAUUACCGGGAAAGAAGCCGUGAAAGAGAGAGACAUCGUGAUCGUGACAGAGAUCGUGAUAGAGAACGUGACAGAGAACGAGAGUAUCGCCAUCGUUAGAGAAGCUGAAGGAAGAGGAACACCUUGCAAAGACAAGAAACAUUCUUCAUGGAAAGAUGCUUGUCCAGCGGUUUGCUUCUUAUGAUUGAACUGAGCCUGUAAGGAUUCAUGGAUAAAAUGAACAGGAAUAGAUCUGAAUAAAGCAAAUCUGCAUACAUGGUAACCAGUAGCUCUUUUACUUUUUUAUGUUGCUUAACUGUUUUAUUUGAGGGAAACCUGUGUGAUUUAAAACUUAUAGCUUUUGCAACUUUAUUACUGGUUAUAUACAUUUGGCAACUAUAAUGUGCAAGCAAUUGGAAAAAAAGUCAAGUAAAUCCUUGUUUUUAUAGUAGUUUGUUCUUGUUAAAAAUGUUCAUAUGAUAAUGUCUGUACACAGCACCACUUUGAUUACAGUAGAUGUAGUGUUGUAAUAAACUCUUUA